AUGACCACUGCCUACUAUGCAUACACACCCAGCGCCAUCCCAGCCAUCAUCGGAGUUGGGAUCUACUGCACACUAGCAGCAGUGCAUUCACUUCGCGUCAUCUCCACCAAGGCCUGGGACGGGUCUUUUAUGAUAUUUGGCAGUUUCUUUCAAGCAAUGGGCUGCGGCGCACGCAUCCUAUCCUCCCACAACAAGUACGAAAAAGGCGCAUGGGCCGCACAAUACGUGCUUCUUAUCUGGGGCCCAGCGCUUGUCAUGUUCACCGUCAAUCUAACCAGUGUGGAAUUCACCAAAGCCAUUGGAGCCGAAAAGAAAGUCCUCAUCAAACCGCGCAUCGCACGACCCCUCUACUUCACCAUCAACACCAUCCUCUUCCUGCUCCUAAGCAUCGGAGUCGUUAUGAAAGUCACCGCUGCCACCGAAAAACUCCAGAUGGGAACCACUCUGACCAAAGCUGGUCUAAUCAUCCAGUUGCUUUUCUGGCUGUUUACCUUUAUUGAGAAUCUUGUGAUGACGAUUCGUCUGGGUCGGGAUCCUAGCAAAGAGUCGCUGGAGGUAGUUCCUCAAUGGAAACGAUGGAAUCAGUUGUUGGGUCUGGCGACUUCCAUUAUUGCUAUGGGGCAUAAUGUUGUUCAGUUGACGCAGAUGGGCAUGGCGUCGGAUGGAUUUAUGAAUGCUACCGAGUGGCCGGCCUACGCGUUUGAUAUUUAUCAGUUGGCGGUUGUGUUGGGGGCUUGGGGGAUUUGGUAUUUGCCCGGUCGGUGUCAAGCGGUGGUUCCUAAGCGGAAGGGUAAUUGGGGGUUGAUGGCGAGUGAAUAUCAGCUUACUGAGUCGCGUAAUGUUGAUUAUCCGGAUACUAGAUAUGGGGCUUAG